AAAUGAACACAUUGGACAGUCAGCUGACCCGUCUUGUGAUAGCAGCCACCUUAUACCAGUUGUGUCGGCUGGAUUCGCAUUACGAGACGCUAUACGUCGUUAUAAAUACCACGUGAUUUAUAAACAAAUUCACAAUGACGAGCCACGGGCUGUCAAAAAUUGGACAGGAUGAGAAGGAGUCCAAGUAUGGAUAUGUUUAUGCUGUUUCCGGACCUGUUGUUACUGCGGAGAAAAUGUCAGGCUCUGCUAUGUAUGAAUUAGUUAGAGUUGGAUAUUAUAACUUGGUAGGAGAAAUUAUUCGUUUAGAAGGAGACAUGGCUACUAUUCAGGUAUAUGAAGAAACCAGCGGUGUAACUGUAGGAGAUCCUGUACUUAGAACAGGAAAGCCAUUAUCUGUAGAAUUGGGUCCUGGAAUAUUAGGCAGUAUUUUUGAUGGUAUACAGCGUCCGUUAAAGGAUAUUAAUGAACUUACCAGUUCCAUUUAUAUACCAAAGGGUAUUAAUGUACCUUCCUUAUCGCGUUCCACAUCGUGGGAAUUUAAUCAUUCGAACAUAAAAAAUGGCAGUCAUAUAACCGGCGGUGAUCUGUAUGGUAUAGUUUAUGAAAAUACGUUAGUAAAGCAUAAAAUGAUUUUACCUCCAAAGAGCAGAGGCACUGUUACUUAUAUCGCACCGAAUGGAAAUUAUACGGUCGAUGAUGUUGUAUUGGAGACAGAAUUUGAUGGUGUUAGGCAAAAGUAUACUAUGCUUCAGGUAUGGCCAGUACGUCAACCCCGUCCAGUUACAGAAAAAUUGCCAGCCAAUCAUCCGUUACUUACCGGACAACGUGUAUUAGAUUCUCUUUUCCCAUGCGUACAAGGAGGAACAACUGCCAUUCCUGGAGCUUUUGGAUGCGGAAAAACAGUCAUUUCUCAAGCUUUGUCGAAAUAUUCAAAUUCUGACGUUAUUAUAUACGUAGGAUGUGGUGAGCGUGGUAACGAAAUGUCCGAAGUAUUACGUGAUUUUCCCGAAUUAACGGUGGAAAUCGAUGGUGUUACCGAAUCUAUCAUGAAACGUACAGCUUUGGUAGCUAACACUUCCAACAUGCCUGUCGCUGCUCGAGAAGCUUCUAUUUAUACCGGUAUCACUUUAUCUGAAUACUUCCGAGAUAUGGGUUACAAUGUUUCAAUGAUGGCUGACUCUACUUCUCGAUGGGCAGAAGCAUUGCGUGAAAUUUCUGGUCGUUUGGCUGAAAUGCCCGCAGAUUCUGGUUAUCCUGCAUAUCUUGGUGCUCGAUUAGCCAGUUUUUAUGAACGUGCAGGACGAGUUAAGUGCCUAGGAAAUCCAGAUAGAGAAGGAUCUGUCAGUAUCGUCGGUGCCGUAUCUCCACCAGGUGGUGAUUUCUCAGAUCCUGUUACUAGCGCUACUCUUGGUAUAGUACAGGUGUUCUGGGGAUUGGAUAAAAAACUUGCACAACGCAAACAUUUUCCAUCUAUUAAUUGGCUUAUAUCGUACAGUAAAUAUUUACGUGCAUUAGAUGAUUUUUAUGACAAAAACUUUCCUGAUUUUGUGCCACUGAGAACAAAAGUAAAAGAAAUUUUACAAGAGGAAGAAGAUUUAUCUGAAAUUGUACAGCUGGUUGGUAAAGCUUCUCUUGCAGAAACAGAUAAGAUUACAUUAGAAGUUGCUAAACUUUUGAAAGACGAUUUUCUUCAACAAAACAGUUACUCCCCGUACGAUCGUUUCUGUCCAUUUUAUAAAACUGUAGGAAUGUUAAGAAACAUGAUUGCAUUUUAUGAUAUGGCAAGGCACGCGGUAGAAUCUACUGCUCAAUCUGACAAUAAGAUUACAUGGAAUGUCAUUCGUGAUGGUAUGGGUAAUAUUCUUUAUCAACUAAGUUCAAUGAAAUUUAAGGAUCCUGUGAAAGACGGAGAAACUAAGAUAAGAGCUGAUUUCGAUCAGUUACAUGAAGAUAUCCAACAGGCAUUCAGAAAUCUAGAAGAUUAAUUUGUUACGGGAGUAUCAACUAGCAACAAUGUUGGAUUACUUUCAUUUUUAGAUAGUAUGAUUUAAGGACGUCCCGGUUUAAUUUAAAAACAUAAGGAAAAAUGAACAAAAAAUAAUUCCUCACAUAAAAAAAGAAACAACAAAAGAAAUAAAAAUAAUAGAUCAUUUUCAUUAAAUUGACCAUUUCUUUUACGAAGUAGCAAUAAUGUGUAAUACAUUAAAAUGUAUGUUUCUUAUGUAUUAUAAUACGCAUAAUAAUGCGUACCCUUAUAUUGCAUAUAAAUACGCCUAAGACAAUAAAGCGGGAUGUUCUUAGAUACCUAUUUGUGUCACUUGGAAAUGUGUUAAACAUUCUUAUAUAUUAUACUUGCAUUACAUGUGAUAGAAUCACUUGUGUAAUUAGGAAAUGAUAUAAAAUUAGAAAAUUUCAUUUUGCAAUCUAUUUUUAUUGCUUCCGUCUUCUAUGCAUUUGUAUAAUACACAUAUGUGAAAAUAUCGUGAAAUGCUUCCUGAAUAUAGAAACAAUAAUAAAAUGCAAGAGCAGAUAAUUAUCUAACAGUUUAAA